GACAGCUGACGACCAGAACAAGGAAGAAAAUUACGAAAAGGAAAAACGUAAACACCACUUCUACCAAACACUUUUUGCUCUGUUAAGUUAAAUUUGCUCAAGACGCCUCGCAGUUUUUACUAUAUUGAAAGUGAUAACAAGAAUCUGUGAAUCCCUGCGUGAAUGUGAAUAAGAAACUUGCCGGCUGUGUAAAGAACGACUCAUCAAACACCUUCGGACACACGCACGCGAGUAUUAUGGUGGAACCAAAUUGGAUAGAAAUUAAUGAGAUCAAAGGUUUUCUCACAUUUCUAGCAAGCAUCGACUGGUACGAUCCGUGGUUGAUAGCGUUAAUCGCGUUUCACAUAUGCAUCACCUCGACGGCGCUGCUCACGCGGAAUUGUGGCAACUUCCAGGUGUUUUUGUUCUUCGUACUACUGCUGCUGGUGUACUUCUCCGAAAGCAUCAACGAGUACGCGGCGAUCAAUUGGAGGAUCUUUUCGAAACAGCAGUACUUCGAUGAUAAAGGUCUCUUUAUAUCCGUGGUUUUUUCGGUGCCCAUUCUGCUGAACUGUAUGCUCAUGGUGGGAAGCUGGUUGUACCAAUCGACACAGUUGAUGAGCCGACUAAAAACGGCACAACUGAAGCAACAGAUUCGACAAUCCAAUAGCAGACAGAGGUUGAAGGAGGAAUAGGGUUCCGGUCUGAGGGGUGGUGUGCAUAUCCGGUUAGCAAUACAUGCAGGACACUGAAUCCAGUAGCAUUAGGAUCUGUGACCAACUGUUGUAAAGCUAACACAGCGGUCGAAUCGUCACAGUAGCAGUAGGCCAUGCUGAGUUUUGUCGCAACCACGAAUGGGGCGCUAUGCUAUCUUUUUAUAAUUUAGUCUCUUUAUCUUUUUACAAUGCUAGCUGUGCAUUUUUUAUAAUGACUUUUGUUUUAAAUCCCCUUAAAACCAGCGAUUAAGCUGCUGUAGACCAGCAGUAGUAAUCGCAUACACGAAGUGCAUUACUUUCUGUUAAUAAUAUUUUUAUAUCCAUUUUCUUCUGUGGUUCAACGCAUGGAAAGUUAAUCGGGGGUAAGAUCGCACCGCCCCCGGAUUACGUGAAUCUGCCUUGUACUUGCUUGUUAUUACCGCAUCACAUUUCGUUCGAAACCUCGCUGGGUGCCACGCGUUUGGGUGACGGCGGCAUCAGGGUGGGGUGGGUUGAGCAGUCGGAAAGAAAAGUGUUUAGUGUACAUCCCGUUCCCUUCCUGCCACCCUCCUGUUUCGUGAUAUGUAUAUAAGGUAGCAAGGAAAUUGUAACAUCAAGCUUCGUAAACGCGAUCACCUAGUGGUCAUUGUAUGCUAGGAAAUGUGUGUUUGGAAAUAAAGAAAUCCGUUUUAAAACACUGCACACCCCACGUGCAUCCU